UGAGUUUGAUGGAUAGAGUUUUUUUAUAUUUAUUACUAUGAAAGCAGCCAAAAGAAUGAAUGGAUGAAUAAGCCGCAGAACAGCAUUUGUUCAAACCACAAUCAAUUUGAGCUGUUAAAUAACAAAACAUAACAAACAACAGCAGCCAAUAUCAGAAGCAACAUCAAUUUUAUCCAUUAUCAAUUGCAGCAAUUAUUUUACAAAUCUAAUUUAAAAUUUCAAUUUGUGUUUGUUCAACCUUAAUUUAGAAGCACUCACAACAUUUAUACAUACAUAUAUUCAGCUAAGCAAAAUGCGCUUUUUAUUAUUAAUAGUAGUUUUAGGCUUUUACACAACCAACGCUGACUAUCAUCAAUCCAGCGUAUCGGUUGGUGUUAAUUUUGCCAAUAUCUCACCCUAUCAGAGCGGCCACGCUAUGGCCGAAUCGCAGACACAAGAUAAAACCCGCAAUCGUCGGAUGUAUGCUUUAUGUCCGCCCGGUUUUCAACGUGUCGGCACCGAAUGUUAUUCGCUUAUUCAUCAGCAUAGCAGUUGGCUAGAGGCGCACUUCUUUUGCAAGGAUAAAAACUCAAAAUUGGCAGAACCAAAAAAAUUUUCAGAUCGUAAAUUAAGAGAAUUUUUACAGAAAGAAGACGCUACGACUCGAGCGAACGAUCCAAUAUGGAUUGGAGCCUCUUAUGAUUGGAUCAACAAAGUGUGGCAAUGGAGCAUAACUGGCCAUAAUUUAACUCAAGAGGCUUACACUCAAAUAGACACCAAAAACAAUGAAAAUAUGGAAAAUCAUUGCGCUGCUUAUGAUCCACACUUACAGUACAGAUGGUCAUCACGCUUAUGUGUCGAUAAACAUCGUUUUAUUUGUCAACAUAAAAUGCCAAAAGUUAGUGAAAAAAAUCGCUAUAAAGUGUACACCCGUUGGAACGCUACAUAUCCGAAUCAAUUGGCCAAUGAGGUAGUAUUGGAAGUAAUCGAUCGUCGGAGUAGAAUUGGCUCGAGAAUCAAUCGCCGUGUAAAAGCUGAAGGUAGCAACGAAGUGAUGCUGGUACCUGUGCGACCUGGCAAUGCAAGACGUCGUCCCCAACUUAUCAAUCCACCUUCUACAAAUGAUGUAAACUACCAAAUACCAUCAACUGUAGCCAGCACACAUCCUAACGAUAUUGUACAUCACAUUAAGCCCACCAAACAACCAAACCAUCGUCCGGCAAUAACUUUAACUGCUCUUAAUAAUGAAAUUAUGGCGCCUGAACCUAAGCCAACAAUAGUACCGGCGCAUUUGGAAGAUGAAAGGCGGAAGCAAAGACAACGUCUGAUAUUGGAUCGCAAAUUGAAACGACAACGUGAGAAAGAGCUCAAGCGUUUGCAACGCAAAAAAGAGCGCCAAGAAAAAAUGCGCCGUGAGAAGCAACAAAGAUUAAGAGAGCAGCGUAAAUUAAGAGACGAGCAAAAACGCAAUCUAAAACUACAACAACAGCAGCGACGAGAACAGCAACAAAGAGAAUUAAAUGAACUAAAGCAAAAAGAGAAUGACUUAGCUCAGGAAAGACAACAAAGAGAACAGCAAUCCCAGCAGCAACAGCAAAUAUUAAGUAAUCUUAGAAGAGAACAUGAAGAAGAGGAAAAGCAACGACAACGUGACGAAGCCGAAGAAGAAAGGCGUAAAGCCUACCUACAAAGAUUAAAAGAACAAGAAGAGCAAGAGAAAGUGCAACGUCAAGAAGUGAAACGUCAGGAAUUCGAAAAACGUUUAAUAGAAGAGCGCAAACAAGAAGAAGAACGUAAAGCUUACGAACAAAAAUUACAUAAAGAGCACGAACAGCGUUUACAGAAAGAGGUGGAUGAUAAAGCUCGACAAUUGGCCGAAGAACAUGAAAGAAAACGUUUACAAGAUGAAGAAAAUCGUCGACGUUUAGAAAUUCAAGAAAAUCAACGACAAGAACAAAUGAAAAACCAAUUGGAUGAAGAAGAGGAACGCUUAAGAUUAGAACGAUUGGAGGAGGAAAGACGUGUGGAAGAGAGAGAAUUGACCCGCUUAAGAGAAGAAAAUAGAAGACGCGAAGAAUUGCAACUUAAAAGAGCGAAAGAAAUUGAACAUUUAGAGGAGCAACAACGAAAAAUAGCCGAAGAAGAAGAACGUAUACAAACGGAAUUGGAAGAAGCUGAACGUCAACGUCAAUUAGAGCAUGAAAGUAAAUUAAAAUUAGCCGAACAAGAGUCCAAAGCCAAAGAGGAGGCCCGUAAACGAGAAGAAGAACGUGAAGAACAAGAACGUGUAAUGAAAUUGGAAAAGGCAAAACGAAUAGCUGAUAAGCGGGCAGAACAAUUGAAAAAUGAGAAACUUAAAAACUACACCGAACGUUUAGCAAAAUUAUCGGAAGAGGAUCAAAAGAAAUUUUUAGAAAUGCGUAAGCUGCGUAGAGCAUUGAAAGAAAAGAAAAUGAAAGAAAUUUUAAAAAAGAAACAACAACUCUCUACGGACAGCAAUAUCAAUAAUGAGGCUUUUAUUGCAAACACCAACCAUGAGUAAGUGGAUGGAUAGAAAACGGAAACAAAAACAAAAACAAAAAAAGGCAAUAUCAAAAAUAGAAUGAGGAAUUUGAGAUCGAGAAAGACAAAAAUGAAGGAAUAUAAAUUGAAAUUUAUGAAAUAGUAAGAGAGAGAGAGAGAAACGCUAUUCUUACGUGUAGAGCAAAAGGACCUUGUAUUAGUUAAAGAAAAACGCCAUUUAAACUGUUUUCUGAGGAAAAUUCGGAAAUUUUUUUUUUUUAACUGAAUUUAAAGAAAAAAAAAAGAAAAGAAUUUAACAAGAAUUCUUUAAAAUAAAAUGCAAAAGAAGAAACAAAAACCAGUGCACAUUUAAAGUAUUAAAGGAUUUACAGAGAGAGCACUAAGAAAAUAUUUAAAUAAAUAAUAAAAGCGA